AUGACCGAAGCGCCGAAAGACGAGAAGGCCGAGGCAGAGCGGCGCUUCCUGGAGGUCACCUGGGCUUACGAGACCCUGAGCGACCCGCAGAAACGUGCGGAGCACGACGCGCGGCCACCGCCCCGAGGCGGCGGCGGCGCGGAGCCGCCCAAGGCGGAGCCCGACUGGAAGAGGAGCGACUUCUCCAUGAAGGAGGCCGCCGAGGUGUUCCGCAGGGCCUUCGGCGAGGAGUCCUCCGAAUACGGCGCCCUCGUCGACCAUUUGCUCCGAUCCGCAGGGGGAGGCGGCGACGCGGAGCAUUGGCGCCGCCACGCGGAGCACAUCGCUCGCCUGACAAGGGGCGGCCGCGGGGACUUCACGGUGGAGACGGAGGGCGAGGGCCCGGACGCGGGGGCGAAGACCAGGACCUCCUUGCCCCGCGCCUCUGGGCUCAACAAAGAAGCGCAACUACAACUAAGACGAUCUUUCUAA